UGUGGUAGGUGAUUUGUUAACGCUUAAAACUAUUCACAUCAGUAUUUUCGCUUCCUUUCCGAUUUGUGCCAUCUAAAAUUAGGUGGCGUGUGAUAAAAUGCAGUAAUUCCCGGGAUGGUCUGAGAAUUCAUCUGAUUAGACUUGAGAAACCAUGUAAAUGCUAAUCGUUGCAUUUGUUGAAGAUCGCAAUCGCUAAAACGCGGCAUGAUACAGUAUUUUUACAAAAUGUACACAUCGGCACCACGGCACCAAGUCACUUCCUAUUAAUAAUGAAGCUUACACUGAAGACGGAAGUGAAACCGUGUACCCUUUAAAAUAACUAACAUUUUCACUCUGACGCAUUGGUAUAACCAUGGAUAACAAUGUCCGAGGAGGGUGAAACGGUCACAGCCCUCUUCUGGUGAGUCGAUCUUUAGUGGUAAGAUCUUCAUGUCACCACAGGGUGUCCUUGCUGUUCAAAGGUGCAGAGUCAACAUUGAAGCUUUCGGAAUAAAUAUGGCCAGUCCUUUUACAUUUUCAUCGUGGCAGAGUUUUUAAAUAGCCGACAAGCAAAUAUUCUAUCUUGCAGACUUACUGACAUUUGGAGGGUUCUGUGGUGGAGUUAUACAGAGCAGAAUUUGCUCGAAGAGUUUUAAUGGCACAAUUUCUUUCGACAAGAUCAAAGAAGAAAUUUAAGCAAACUUAAGUCACCACAAUAAAGUCUCCAAGGACAGAGCGCAAGAACGAGAUGGCCUCCGCAAUUAACAAAGCCAUUGUGUUAAAUGUAGCUUAUUCCGCACCAUUAUUGAAUCCAUCAGGAAGGCAGAAAACUGAUCUUCAGCAAUUCUACGCAACAGAAAAUAAAGGAGCAGAGAACAACACUAGAAAACUAAUCCAAGGGAAACUGGAAGGCACUAUUGAAUAUAUAGCAGGAAUAGCGGAUACACUCUGCAGCAUAGCCCUGAAAUUUAACAGUACACCAAAUAAACUGGUUCAUGUAAACAAACUCUAUUCACAAAGUAUUAUUCCUGGGCAGCGAUUGUGCAUUCCUUAUCCAGCCCGUGCAGAGAGUGAAGACAGUCCUUUAUCCUCGAGUCCAAACCAGUCUCCAAGUGUGUCUUCAUCAGAUGCUGAAUAUGACAAACUCCUGGAUGCUGAUUCUGCAGAAAUAUCCAGUGUACAGUGGUGCAGCUCACAAAACAUCAUCAGCUCCUCAUGUCCAAAUAGGGAUGAAAUACCUAUUUCUGAAAGAUUCUUGAAAAUCUGUUGCAAGUAUUUCACAGACAGAAAGGGUGUUGUAACGGGAGUCCUAUUUGUCACACCAAAAAAGAUCUUUUUUGACCCAUACAAAUCUCAUCCUCUUAUCAUUGAAAAUGGCUGUGAAGAUUAUUUCUUUGCCUGCAGCACACAAUCAAUCAUUUCAGCAGAGUCACACAAAGAUAUUUCUCAAAUGAAGCUUUAUACGUCUUCUCCCUUAAGAAAAGUUCCUAUCCAAAGUAAAGUACAAACAGAAAGAGAAACUGUAAACGCCGGCCAUAAGAACAGUCGACCAGCUCGGAUCAAAGGCAGAGGACUGUGUGCAGAGUUCAAAGAAACCAAUUCAUAUCCUGCUGAUCAGGAACCUACAACGUUGACAAAACUUACACCCAUUCCGUACUCCUAUCUGGAUUCUUCAUGUCCGGUUAAUGUGAAAUCAUCCAAUUAUAUUAUGGAAUUACAAGAGAAUGUAACGUGUUUGAGCCUGAAAGAAAAUUAUGAACUUGAGAAUGAAGAAACAUUUCCCUUCUCAAUCAGAGUAAAACACAGAGGGGAAAAUGUACUGUCAGAGAACCAAGAGCGUUACUGUUCUGAAAAAUGUACAAGAGAAAGAAUAUUGGAACCAGAGACAAAUUAUGAUGGCAAUCAGUACUCUUUAUCCCAUAUAUUGACAGAGCAUCAGUUGUACAAGAAAAACAAGGUAGAGACACCCUGUGAUUCCCGCAACGACACAGAUGAUAAAACAACAUCAUUUUGUGAGAUAAAUCUAUCAGAUCAAGGAUGUAAAUAUCCGUGGUCUCCGAUGGUGGAGAACACAAGAGAGAAAAUAAUUUCUGCUGAGUUGUCACGUUUGAAGGCUGAAGAAGUUUGCUGUAACAUAAACAAAGCCAAAGAUGAUCAGUGUGGAUUAUGUAGUAAACAAGAUAAUAAAGAAAAUCAUACAUUACCCACGUUUAUGAAGAAACGUGAAUGCGAUCAAGACCUGUAUCGUUCUAAAGAUGAAGACAAACUUAGAUUGAUGUUUUUAUGCCUGAAGGUUAAACUUCCUGUGAAAAGGAUGCACAUGCUUAAGUUAGGAGUCGCUGCAUCUCUGGAUAUGAACAAAUCUGAGGAAUACUGGUUUGCAAUGUCCCAAGAAAAACUGGUUGAAUUCCACACGUACCUCAACCAUUGGAGACCUGGUAUUUAUUUAUUUGAAGAAAUGGGUGACACUCAUGUAGAUGACUUUGUCCUCUUGGGUGAAAAGUGCCCAUUCUCUUUGAACGAGAAGCUUUUCGAUAGAUUGUUUGAUGAUUGGGAGAUUAUAACGGAGGACAAUGACCCUUUGAAACAUUACAAAGAUGCUUUUGAUGCAGAAUUUGGGAACAUUGCACCUGUUCUUCAGGGGAACAGCUGUAUCAUGGAAUCUUUCCACAUUGAGAAGAUUUCAAAAUAUCUACCACCCAGAACAGUGGGCUAUCCCUGGCGAUUGGCAUUCAGCACCUCCGUGCAUGGCUUCAGUCUGAAAACCUUGUACCGCAAAGUAGCCCACGCUGACUCGGCAGUACUGCUGGUCAUAAAGGAUACGUGUGGUCAGGUGUUUGGUGCUUUGAUUUCACAUCCCCCAAAGCCGAGUGCCUAUUAUUAUGGAACGGGAGAAACCUUUCUCUAUACUUUUAACCUUGAUUUUAAGAUCUUCCAAUGGACUGGAGAGAAUUCUUUCUUUAUUAAAGGAAGUUUGGACUCGCUGGCAUUGGGAGGUGGAAGUGGACAUUUUGGCUUGUGGUUGGAUGAAGAUCUCAAUCAUGGAAGAAGCAAUCCCUGUACAACAUUCAACAACUCCAUUCUGUCCAAAACUGAAGAUUUCAUGGUGCAGGAUCUUGAAGUGUGGACAUUUCGAUAAUUUUGUGUUAAUGUCCCGUGUUUACCAGCUGAGUAUGUGCUUGAGUAUUGCUUGCCCGAAGCAUCUGGGGAGGGUGGGGGAUGCUGCAUCAAAUGGUCUAAGGUCCAUUUCCCCCACUUGUGGACUAAUUCAGUUAUAAAGGACAGGACCUGCCAUUCUGAUUUUACACAAGGUACAGUAUCUUGUGUGCAGCUGGGCGUAUUAAUAUAGUGAGGAAGGCGAGCCUAGAAAAUGGCAAAUUAACCAAGUAUGUGAGGUGAUGAAACCUUGCCACCAGUAGCUGAGGGCUCCCUGAUAGUGUUCUGAAAAUAAUGCUUUGCACUGCCAAAGUUAAGGUGGUUGUAAUUUUAAAUGCUGAAGCAUUAGCUUGCUUCUGGAAUACCAAUCUGCUCACGUAAUAUCCCGAUGUAUUCCAAGCAAAGCAUGGGGAUAAAACCAAGUUUACCUACUUGCACUUUGCUACUACCUUGUCACUGUGUAUCUGCAGUUUGUACAGGAACAUUUAUUUAAUACACCGGAAUGAGUCUAUGUUUAUUGCAGCCUUGAUCUGCUGCUGCUGCCUUGAGAACUGUGGAUUAUCAAUUGUGGAUGUCUGUGGUGAUGUUAAUAACUUCAUAGUAAAUACCUUAUUGUAAUCACAAGUAUAACUGGAUUGCAUAAGAUCUAAAGUGUAGGUGAUUUUAAUGUUUUGAACUGCAGUCAUGACAAAGCUGCAGAAAAAUAAAAUUCUGGCAUUAAGUACUAUAA